AUGGCCCACUACCCUCAACCGGCGACGCUGGAAGCGGCCCUGCCGCUGCUCGUGCGGCCUGACCCUCGUCUCCGGCAGCAGCUAGGCGAGAGGCUACUGGCCCUCGUCCGUCGAGAGGAGAUAACCCACGAGAUCGUCGGACCUCUGCUGGAUGCUCUCGUUACCUGGCUAAAUGGGGGAAAUUUUAAGGUGGCUCAGAGCGGACUGGAGGUGAUAAGUGCGCUCUCGGAGCGUAUGGGUCACGAGUUUUCACACUACGUGCCAAAUGUGUUACCCCAUAUUAUUGACAGACUAGCGGACACGAAGGAGGGCGUGCGCGUGGCGGCGCGCGCGUGCCUGUGCGCGCUCGGCGACAGUCGCGCCGCGGCGCCGCGGGCGCUGCUCGCGCGCCUCACGCCCGCGCUGCAGCACAAGGCGGCGCACGCGCGCGAGGAGGCGCUGCGCUGCAUCGCCGCGCUGCUGCACUCGCAUGGAGCAGCAGAGUUGCAAUUGAGAGCAGCGGUACCCAGUUUGGCGGCUCUCGUCGCCGACCCCAACGGGGCGGUGAGAGACGCUGCAGUGCAGCUGCUGGUCGACGUUUACAGACACGUUGGUGAACGUCUACGACAGGACCUAAAGAAGAAGGAGCUGGUCGCGGCGCCUAAGCUGGCCGUGCUCGAGCAGAAGUUUGAUGAGGCGCGCGAGGCCGGUCUGUUGCUGCCCUCUGCAACACAAGGAACAGACGAAGCGGAUUUCGUGUCCAGAACUGUUAAACGAACGAUGACAAUUCCCACGUCUGCUAAGAGUAGAGACGGGGAUAGCAGCGGAGCCUCCACGCCAGACAAAAAUAUAACCCCCCCCCCCCCCCCACCACCAUACACACCCGCACGCAUGUACGAACGCGCACGCACGUACGCACGUCAUCGGUACGCAGCGUGUGAGCCUCCAAAGCGCGCUGUGGGGGGACUGUACAGCCUACCUUCAGCUAGUAGGAAGCCGCCACCUCCAACUAAGAUGACCAGCUCUGCUAGCGUAUCGGGGGGAGGGGGCGUGGGCGGGGAGGCCGGGGCGGUGUCCAGCGAGGCGUUCGAGGCGGCCUUCGCGUCCACGGCGCCGGCGGCCGUGUACGGGGCGCGCGGCCUGGACGACCUGUGCCGCCACGCCGCCGCGCUGCUGGGCGACCGCGCCGCCGACUGGGAGAAGCGGGUCGACGCGUUGAAGAAGAUCCGCUCGCUGUUGACGGCGAACGCUCACGUCCAGUACCCGGCAGAGUUUUCAGCGCACCUCAAGGACCUAUCCGUGCCCUUUCUGGUCGUCAUCAAGGAUCUUCGGAGUCAGGUGGUCCGCGAAGCAUGCAUAACCAUAGCCCACAUGGCGAAGGUGCUGAAGAAUAAACUGGAGCAGUUCAGUCUCUACAUCUUGCAAGAGCUCAUCAACCUCAUACAGAACGCUGCUAAGGUGGUGUCGUCGGCGGGAACGGUGUGUGUGCGGUACAUCGUGAUGUACGUACACGCGCCACGCCUCGUGCCCGUCAUCGCCACCAACCUCACCGCGCACAAGAGCAAGGAGAUCCGCGCCACGCUCUGUGAGGUGCUCGUACAACUCCUGGACCGCUGGAGCACUUCCAGCUUAGAAAAACAACAGGCGGUCAUUAGAGACGCCAUCCGACGAGCCUGCGCUGACGCUGACGGCUCCGCCAGGAAUUAUGGUCGGAGAGCAUUCACGGCGUACAAGCGCCACUUCCCGGACGACGCGGAGAAACUGUUCGCCGUGUUGGACCCGGCGGCGCAGAAGCAGAUCGAGAGAGAGCGUCUCGGCAGCCUCGACAGUCUGCACACCAUCGCUACUGGUAGAACGAUGACGAGUCCCAGAAGUCCAUCGGCGAGUGUCUCAGGUAACUUACCGCACGAAACAUUCCGUAGACGCUUAUAUAAUAAAUGUGUAUACGAUAACAACCGGGACCGACGGGGCGACGCGGCCCCGAGCCCCACGAACUCCGCCCAACGAGCCGCCCUUGCAGAGCGCUCGCCGGGCGGCGGCGCGGCGCGCUCGGUGUCGGCGCUGGACGCGGCCGCGGCGCAGCGGGCGCGGGCGCGCGCGCUGUACUCGCACCUCGCGCGCUCCAAGGUGGCCGCCGGCACGGCUAGCUUGCCGCGCGCUAAAAGAUCGCCCGUGAGUGCGGCCGUGCCCCCCAGUCCCGAGAGGGUGGUGAGUCGUUCUCGUUCCCGUCCGGGCGUGUCGCAGUCACAACCGACGUCCCGCUCGUCUUCGCCGUCAUCCCGCAGUGGGCCUGUGUCCUUGACCGGCGCGCGUCGCCGACCUUCCGGCAUCCCGCGCUCGCUGGCCGGCUCCCGGGAGACCAGCCCCACUAGGAGCGGCCGCUCCAGCAGCGUGGCGGGUGCGGCGAGCCUGCGCCGGCGCGAGUCCAGCGAACGAGCCCCGCGAGCGCCCGCCGCCACGCUUCGUCUGCUGCAGCAGUCCCGGGAUGCGGAGGCGGCGCUCAGGAGUCCCGAGGACAGUUCGACGUGUGAGGUGCGGCGGGACGACGACUCGGAGGCGUCCAGCGUCUGCUCCGAACGGAGUCUGGACUCGUACCGCAGACACGAUAGCGUACCGUGGUCCGGACGUCUCGGUUGGGAGAGCUCCCCGCCGCCUCCUCCUCCGCCAGACGACAUCAUAGCAUUGUGCGCCUGUACACACUGGACCGAGCGCAAGGACGGAUUGACACACCUUGCGAACUACCUGAACAGCGGCCGCCUGCUAUCCGAGCCGCAGCUGAGGCGGCUCACAGAACUGCUCAACAAGAUGUUCGUGGACGCGCACACGAAGGUGUUCUCGCUGCUGCUGGACGCCGUCUGCGAGCUGCUGCUGGUGCACUGGCAGCAGCUGCGAGACUGGCUCUACCAGCUGAUGUUCAGACUUCUGAUGAAGUUAGGCACUGAUAUCCUGGGCUCGGUGCAGAGCAAGAUCAUGAAGACUCUUGACGUCAUACACGAAUGUUUCCCGGCUGAACUUCAGCUUCAUAACAUAUUUAGGUUUCUCGCGGAUGGAGCAACUGCCCCUACAGCUAAGACGAAGGUAGCGGCGCUACGGUUCCUAGCUGACCUCGCGCACGACUACUGCACGCCCAACGGACUGGCUCUGGCCUUACACGGUGGCGCCAGCGGGGCCGCGGGGCGGGCGCUGGUGAAGGUGUCCCUGCUGGCGGCCGACCCGCGCGCCGCGGACGUGCGCGUGGCGGCGCGCCGGGCGCUCGCCUGCCUGUACGACUGCAACCCCGUGCCCUUCACAGCACUGAUGUCUGAGCUACCGGCCGACACGCAGGCGCUCGUCAACGGAGUCGUACAGCAACACGUGAGACGCACCUCCAGCACGGGUAGCGACAGUCCCCUGCGCACCUCAACGACCACAUCGAAUUCGAACGCGAACACCGAAGACGUUUACUCGCGAAUACGCAAGACCACCAACGAGAUACACUCCUACACCGCGCAGCACUCCAGCGCGGAGUGCGGCAACCACAUGUCGAGCAAGGACUCCGGCAUCAGCCAGAUGUCGGACGCGACGCUCUCGCGCCACAACGGGGCCGGCGCGCACAACGGACACGCCACCGACCUGAUCGGCCGCGCGGCCUCCGCCGACAGCUCCGAGGAGGCGAGCAGCACCAAGGAGUCCUCACCCACACCCCAUACACGCCUGGACUACGGUCAUGGUGACUACAGCACAGGUCACCUGGGCAGGGACAAGGUGAAGCCCUACGAGAUGGAUGAGAACGGAUUGAUCAUUACCAAAUCUGGUCUCCGAGAAGUGGAAGUCCUUGAGGCACUGAGCUCGCUGGACGUGUCCACCGCACCGCCGGAGCUGCUGGAGCGGCUACUGCUGGCCACUCAUGAGAUACUGAAGUACGGCGACUGCAAGCGACCGCAGGAGUACUUCAAGAACAUAGUUCGGGUUGCAUUGGCAGCUCUGACGAUCGAGGAAAACACAGCGGAUAAAGAAAAUACAGAAAACGCGAGCAAUGCGCAACAGUCCUCCGGCUGGGGCUCCGCGCAGGAGCGCGCCGCGGCCGAGGCGGUGAAGGUGCUGAUCUGGCUGUGCCGGCGCGCCGAGACGCGGCCGCAGUGGCUGGAGUACUUCGACCUCAUCCUGCUGAAGCUCAUCAACGCGUACGGCGCGCUCAGCAAGGAGGUCAUGCGCGCCGUGGACGCCGGCCUGCCGCACGUGGCGCAGGCGCUGCCGGCGCACCAGGUGCUGGCGCUGCUGAAGCCCGUGGUGCGCACGCGCGGCUACCCCACGUCGCUGUGCGCGCUCAAGCUGGCGGCCGAGGUGGCGCGCGCGCGCGGGCCCGAGCUGGCCGACGACACCGUGGCGCAGCUCAUGGAGGGCGUGGGCCAGCUGGCCGACCACCAGAACUCCGCGGUGCGCAAGGCGGCCGUGUUCUGCAUGGUGGCUUUCACCUUCGCCCUGGGGGAGGAACGCAUGCAGCCUCACCUCAAACACCUCUCCGUCAGCAAGUACCGUCUGCUACAGGUAUACAUCACCAAGCAACGCGAGGAGGCGGCGAAGGGUUCGUCACAUUCGUAGCGGCGACCGAGACGCGCCACGCGCAGCACACAGACCGACUGACCGACGCCGGCCGACACAUCUGACCGACACCGACACUACUGACCGACAUCUGCCCCGGCAGCACCACCAACGCGCCUCGCUGUCACCAUUCGUUGCGUUCUACAUUUAGCUAGCGUUGUAAGAUAAUUUUUGAACAUAAUUUAUUUCUAAUAUCGGGGCCGGUAAAAUGUCGUCGACGAGAUGUAGUGUGUCGUCAGCGGUGUGUUACACGUCGCUGUGUGUGCGUGUGAGCGUGACGUCACGGUAUGCCAAAAUGGAGGGUCGCUAUGUAUAUAUAAGUAUAUAAAACGAUAUGUAUGUAACAUUGAAAUAAACAGAACUCCAUUUUGUCAUUCGAAA